UCUUGUAUCGGGGCCCCAGAGAGACCGGAAGCAGCACGCCGCCGCGUUGGUCGAAGGACGCGGAGCGCGGAGGGGAGCGCGUCCCGGGCCGGUUGGUACGCGAGGGGGCACCAUGUUCCUCACCGCCGUCCUCCUCCGCGGCCGCAUUCCGGGCAGGCAGUGGAUCGGGAAGCACCGGCGGCCGCGUACCGUGUCUUUCCAAGCGAAGGAGAACAUGAUCCGUCGCCUGGAGGUGGAGGCCGAGAACCACUACUGGCUCAGCAUGCCCUACAUGACAGCAGAGCAGGAGUACAGCCACGCAGCGGAGCGACGGGCCCAGGCUUUUGAAGCCAUCAAGGCAGCGGCCACUUCCAAAUUCCCUAAGCAUAGAUACAUUGCAGACCAGCUAGACCAUCUCAACAUCUCGAAGAAAUGGUCCUAACCCUUCAAGAUUAUGGAUACCGGACUGCUCUAUCCUUUCUUGGUCCUGGAGCUGAGAAAAUGUAAUUUAUAUACCAGUGUGACCCCUUCGACCAGUAUCUUAUUAAAGCAAACAUGAUUGAUUAAUA